AUGCUGCUGACUGUGCUGCUGCUGCUGCUGCCCCUCCCAGACACAUGGCCCGCUCAUGGGCACCCACUAUACAUGCGCCUGCCCCCCAGCACCCUGCAAGUUCUGUCGGCCCAGGGGACGCAGGCAUUGCAAGCUGCCCAGAGGAGCGCCCAGUGGGCAGUAAAGCGUGUGGUGAUGGAGAUCCAGCACAGACUGCAUGAGUGUCGAGGACCUGGGCAUCCCAGGCCUCAAGCCCCACUCCUCCAGGACCCACCUGAGUCAGGGCCGUGUGGCGAGAGGCGCCCAGGCACUACCAACGUGACACGGGCCCACGGCCGCAUAGUGGGGGGCAGCGCCGCACCCCCUGGGGCCUGGCCCUGGCUGGUGAGGCUACAGCUCGGGGGGCAGCCUCUGUGUGGCGGCGUCCUGGUGGCGGCGUCCUGGGUACUCACCGCGGCGCACUGCUUUGCCGGCGCCCAGAAUGAGCUUCUGUGGACUGUGACGCUGGCCGAAGGGCUCCAAGGGGACCAAGCGGAGGAGGUGCCGGUGAACCGCAUCUUGCCCCACCCCAAGUUUGACCCGCGGACCUUCCACAACGACUUGGCCCUGGUGCAGCUGUGGACGCCGGUGAGCCCGGCAGGACCGGCGCGCCCCGUGUGUCUGCCCCAGGGGCCCCGGGAGCCCCCCGCUGGCACCGCCUGCGCCAUCGCGGGCUGGGGGGCCCUCUUCGAAGACGGGCCAGAGGCUGAGGCGGUGAGGGAGGCCCGCGUCCCCCUGCUCAGCGACGACACCUGCCAAAGGGCUCUGGGGCCUGGGCUGCACCCCAGCACCAUGCUCUGUGCCGGUUACCUGGCGGGGGGCAUCGACUCGUGCCAGGGUGACUCUGGAGGCCCCCUGACCUGUUCCGAGUCUGGCCCCCGCCCCAGAGAGGUCCUGUUCGGCGUCACCUCCUGGGGGGACGGCUGCGGCGAGCCAGGGAAGCCCGGGGUCUACACCCGCGUGGCCGUGUUCAAGGACUGGCUCCGGGAGCAGAUGAGCGCGGCCCCCUCCAGCCGCGAGCCCAGCUGCAGGGAGCUUCUGGCUUGGGAACCGCCCAAGGAGCAGCUGGCACACGCCGCCCAACCCUGCGCCUUCUACGCGCGCCUGUGCCCAGGGUCCGAGGGCGCCUGUGCGCUCCUGGCGCACCAGCAGUGUCUGCAGCGCCGGCGGCGAUGCGAGCUGCGCUCGCUGGCGCACCUGCUGCUGGGCCUGCUGCGGGGCGCCCAGGAUCUGCUCGCCCCGCGCCCGGGUCUCCGGCGCCUGGUCCCCGCCCUGGUUCGCCCCGCUCCGUCGCUCCGGGAGCCUCCCGGGCACACUGCCCGGGAGCAGCGGCUGCACUCAGGAUCGUGGGCUGCAGGCGCGCGCUUCCCGAAGCGGAGGCCAGAGCAGCGCGGGGAGACGAACGUCUGCCCUGGGCUGGAUCCCCUCCGACAAAGGUUGGCAGCCCUUCAGGAGGCCCAUGCCUGGAUCCUGCAGGUCCCCUCUGAGCACCUGGCCAUGAACUUUCACGAGGUCCUGGCAGAUCUGGGCUCCAAGACACUGACUGGACUCUUCAGAGCCUGGGUGCGGGCAGGCUUGGGAGACCGGCGUGUGGUCUUCAGUGGCCUGGUGGGCCUGGAGCAGGCCACUCUGGCUCGCAGCCUCCCCCGGCUGCUGGUGCAGGCUCUGCAGGCCUUCCGCUUGGCCACCCUGACAAAGGGAGAACCUGAGGGGCCCCGGGUGGGUGUGGGCCAGGGCCCAGGGCUGGGGAGGAAGGGACAUCCCCCACUCAGCCCUCAGGCUCCCCUAGCCAGGCAGCCAUGAGCCAUGUCAGGGCCCUUGGUGUGGACCUACUGCUCCCAGGGACUAAGAGGGGUUCAGGGAGCAUGAUGACAAGCUGCCACAGCUGGCUGGAUGUGUGUGGGUGGGGUAGGGGUCCUGGCCUGUGUGUCUUCCCAGGUGUGUGAUCAGGGAAUCACAGCUGCUUUAAUAAAUGUUAUUUAUAAUCUACA